AUGGCACCCACCACAACCAGAGAUGCUGUUGAGGCACCCAAGAUUGAAGUUACCUUAACUCUCAUUUUGGGAAAGGACUACUUCCGACAGGUGGAAGAAUUUGGAGCAGGAACUGAUAGCGACCUUUCUCGAUUCUUGCUGGAAACUAGGCUAAAGGCGUUUGACUGGAUCAUCAAUCAAGACCCAAUGCAAUUGGAGUACAAUGCUCCUAAUUUGGUUCAGCGUUUUCUGCUGGUGCUCUUCUACUAUCAGACCACAAGGCACAAGCCAUGGAAAGAGUGCAAUCCAGCAGGAAUUUCUCAAGCGAGUGCAACAACCAAUUUUUGCUACCAGCCAGUGCAUUUAACUGGUGAAGCAACAUCACUUAUAUGGGGUGAUCAGUGGCUUUCUCCCAGUCAUGAAUGCCAGUGGGCUGGAGUGGACUGCCAAUCAGAGAAGAGGACAGUGGCUGAGCUACGCAUACAUUGGAAUCAUCUCAAUGGCCCUCUUCCCUGGGAGGUCACAAGAUUGCCACUGCUGAGGACUUUAUGGCUUAACUCCAACAUGCUUACUGGAGCACUCCCCCCCAGACUCUUUUCCAAAAAUGCAGGUUAUGCCCUGGAUUAUCUUGAUUUGCGCUGGAAUCAAUUUUCUGGCACUAUUCCUGCAGAAUGGGUUGCAAACCUUCUUGAAGGAAAUGGGGUACUUGCCUAUCUUCAACUGAACCAGAACGCGUUAACCGGGAGGAUUCCAUCAGAGUUGGGCCUACUCUCUUUGAAAAGCCUCAUACUCACAAGCAACACUCUGACAGGUUCUAUUCCACGAGAUUUAUUCUACCAAACUUCUCUAGAAUGGCUCUUUUUGGAGGGAAAUGAUCUCACUGGGACAUUGCCAAGUGAAAUUGGGCUGCUCACCAAUUUGAGUAACGUGAACUUGAAUUUCACACAGAUUUCUGGGGCUGUGCCCUCAGAGAUUGGCGUGUUGAGCAAGCUUGUUGAUCUGAUUCUCUCUAACACCAAGAUGCAAGGGACAAUCGCAGAAGAACUCUACAAGGGACUUGGCAGUCUGGAAGUUUUGUCGGUUAGCAAUUGCAACUUAUCUGGUACAAUCAACACAUCACUUGGCCUAAUGACACAUCUCAAAAGGCUGCACUUCGCCAACAAUCACUUCCAUGGCACCAUUCCCAAUGAGAUUGAGGCCUUGACACAACUAGCUGAAUUUUUGGUGAAUGGGAAUGAUCUAUCUGGCACAGUUCCAAUCUCUUUCUGCCAGACUCGUUAUGCUGGGGAAGUAGCUUCCAAGGUUGUGGCGGAUUGUUUGCCCAAUACAGAAACUGGAAUUCCUGCAAUCCAGUGUUCAUCCGAUUGCUGCACCAGUUGUUGUGAUGAGACAGGAGUUUGCCUUUCGAACUGA